AUGUUCCGGCUUCUGAUGCAACCACAGUGCGUCUACAUGCAGCCACGACGUUCCGUGCUGGCGGUCGGCCUUCCUAAACAAGUUGAGUCUGGUCUUGCUCCUCUCUCCUGCACCAGACAAAACGUUGACUGCACUGCCGCUCUCCACUCCGAGGUGAGGGCCCUUUGUCAAAUCUCGCUGCCAGAUCAGUUUGAUGGCUCCAGCAUUUUUGGCACUGUGGCUCUCCCAUUGACAUGGACUCCCUGUUUCCGCCCCAGACCCCCCUGA